AAACGAAGUAUUAACGACAAAUCUCAACAAAGAGCACAUUAAAAAAUAUAAUUUUAUUUGGCUGCAAAGCUCUUAAAUAUUAAUUAAGUGAUUUACUGAACCUAAGCCUUCAAUUUCGCGACAAAACAUUACCAUUUUGGAUACCUUUUUGUGCUAUAAAGCUGUGUUGUUUUAAUUCUACGCUGAUUUUAACACUGAAUGAAUAAAAUAAAGAUAUUAUUUUAAAAUGGAAAAUUUAAAUGAAGAUGAUUUUAUGCCAGUUAUUGAUAAAUUAGACGAAUUUUCUACAUCAAAUCUAAUUCUAGUGUCAGAAAAUGCUCGAAAUAUUUUGUCAAAUUCUCCGAUGCGUUUGAGGAAUUUUAAUCUACAAAUUAGAAAAACAAAUUUUAGAGACUUUUUUGAUGAUCAAAACUUCAUUGUUCCUAUAAAGAACAUUUCAAUAAGCUAUGACAUCGCUAUGGAUUUUGAAGAUGUAGUAAGAUUCGUUAUCAGAUACCAGAACACCCUUGAAACUUUGGAAUUAAAUCAUUUUAAAUUCAACAAUUUCAAUGAGUGUGCCAACAUCCUUAAUAAAUUAAAGAACUUGACGUCAUUGAAGCUCAAUGACUGUCACAUGGGUUCUUUUAAUAAUCAGACUUUACCAGCAAUCAGGAAUUUAAAGUCACUGUCAUUCAACAAGUGCGAUGACAAUAUUUUUAAAAUUUUUAUAAAUCAAGAUUCAAUUGAGAAAAUUACAGUUCAAAAUAAUGACUGGACCUGGAAUGGAUUCCCACAUGACAUAUUCAAUGAAAUCUGUAAAAAUUCAACGAAUCUUUCUCACAUGGUCCUGGAAGGUGCUGGAACUGGAAGUUACUUUGAUGGUGAUGAAUUUCCAUACAAAAUUAGCAAAUUAGAGACAACAAUGAUCACAUUCCAUUGGUAUGUUGGAAUUAGAACUCAAAGGAUUCGUUUUUUGGAGUCACAAAAAAGAUUCUUGAAAGAUUUAACAAUCCACGAACUUCCAUUUGACUUUGAUGGUGGACGUGUCUUAAAAUACAUAAUUGAGGAGAUGAAUUUGGAUAAUUUUUAUUAUGGAGACAUCCCGUUGAUAAUUAAAAGAGUAAAGCAAAUCAUUAAGGAGUUUACAGCAUCUGAAAUUCAAAUAACCAGUGCAUUUGAGAUGGUGAAACAAUUUGUAUGUUAUAAAUUUAAACUAAAGCUUUCAAAGACUGACAUAGCAAGUGAUGAAAUUGAGAAAAUCAUAAAUCCACAAACUGAUUUAUUUAAGGAUGUUAAAGAGUUUGAAGUUGAAGACAAUAGUGAUUGUCGAGGUGUCUUUGGCGUGUUCUUGGAGCUCUCAAAUGCAGUUAUGGAUAAGCUAUGCCCCGAACUUAUUAUACAAAUAUUUAAAAAUACUGAUGAAGAAUCCAAGCUAAAAUUAGCUUUGGUAUCGAAGAGGUUAUUCGAUAUAUUUAAAAAUUACAUUGCUUCGUCUAUAAAUUUCAAAUUAAUGAUCAAUAGUGUGAAUUUUUGGAAAUUAUUCAACAUAAAGGUUUUUUAUGAAAUUCCGUUUAAAAAUAUUUCAAUAAUAUUGGACAAAACUAUAAAACUAAAUGAAUAUCUAAAGUUUAUUAAAUCAUUUGCUGACUCAGUUGAGAUCCUUGAAAUCGGAUUUUUUAAAUUUAAAAACUUUUUAUCAUGUUUUGAGAUAUUUAACUCUUUAAAGAAUUUAAAAAGUUUAACUUUAAAUAAUUGUCAAAUUGAAAAAUUGAAUGGCGAAGCUGUGAAUCCCAUUAAGGCACUCAAAACAAUCUCAUUCAACAAAUGCGAUGACAAUAUUUUUAAAAUUUUUAUAAAUCAAGAUUCAAUUGAGAAAAUUACAGUUCAAAAUAAUGACUGGACCUGGAAUGGAUUUCCGCAUGACAUAUUCAAUCAAAUCUGUAAAAAUUCAACAAAUCUUUCUCACAUGGUCCUAGAAGGUGCUGGAACUGGAAGUUAUUUUGAUUCUGAUGAAUUUCCAUACAAAAUUAGCAAAUUAGAGACAACAAUGAUCACAUUCCAUUGGUAUGUUGGAAUUAGAACUCAAAGGAUUCGUUUUUUGGAGUCACAAAAAGGAUUCUUGAAAGAUUUAACAAUUCACGAACUUCCAUUUGACUUUGAUGGUGGACGAGUCUUAAAAUACAUAAUUGAGGAAAUGAAAUUAGACAAAUUUUAUUAUGGAAAAAUUCCUUUAAUUCUAAAUGGACAAAAGCAGGAAGUUAAGGAGUUUGCAGCAUCUGAGAUUCAAAUAACCAGCGCCAUUGAAAUGUUUCUACAAUUUCCAUCAAUCACGAAAUUUAAUUUGAACUUAUCAAGCACUGAUGUGGCUAGUGACGAAAUUGAGAGGCGGAUCAACCCAACAACAACUUUACAUGAAAAUAUCGCAGAAUUUGAAGUCAACGAUAAAAGCACACCGAGAGGAACUUUUGGCAUUUUUCUUGGGCUUUACAAAAAUAUGAGGAAUGUCAAAAAGCUUAAAUUUAAUACGCAAGAUCGGAAUAUCAAUGUAAUACUUGAGGAAUGUCUCCCACAUAUGACGAGAUUAGAGGAAAUCCACUUAACUUCAAAAGCUUCAAGAGUAAUGGAACGAUUUAGAAUAAUUAGACAAUUUGUGCCUGGACUUAAGAUUAUAAGCGUUGCUAGUCAAUUUAUGGAAGAUGCAAGGAACUGUUUUGAUGAAAAUGUUCAAAUUUGUGAUGCUAGUUCGCCCUAAAAAAUAUUUUGUAAGCGUAGUCAUAAAUCAGCCACAAGUGUCAUCAUAACUCUCGAUGACAUAAAAAUAUUUAAAUUGAAUAAUAAAAGUAAACGUAAAUAAACAAAAAA